AUGGACAGAAACAUGUCUGUGUCUCUGUGGUGCGAGGAAGCAGAGGACGACCAGAGUCAGGACCAGGGCCAGACCGAGGCAGCAGCCCAGGGCCACAUGGGGGGCUCGUCGCAGCUGCGAGCCGCCUGGGACCCGACCGUGUCGGGGCAUCGUGUGAUCCAGAGGCUGCUUCACGUGGAGGAGAGGUACAUGCCCUCGAUGCUCUACAUCACCCUCAUCCAGCGGGAUCCAGAGCGCAGGGAGGAGCUCGCCAAGUGGACCCUGGAGGUGUGCUGCGAGUGCGGCUGCGAUGAGACGGUGUUUCCUCUGUCUGUCUCUCUGAUGGACAGGUUCCUGUCUGCCUCUUUGUCUCUGCCUGUCUCACCGUACUGCCUGGCUGCUGGCUGCAUCCUCAUCGCCUCCAAACUCACAGAGUGUGACAACGUCACCGCGGACACUCUCUGUGCUGCAGCUGAGUACAGCUUCCAGCCUUCGACCCUGCGGGAAAUGGAGCGUGUCAUCCUCGCCACCCUCCGAUGGGACACAGCGGCAGUGACUCCUCAGGACUUCCUGCCACAUUUUCUUGCCUCCGUGGAGCAGAGGGGAGACAGAGACAGUGGCGAGGCUGAGGAGGAGCCACUCUCCACCCUGCGGCGGCACAGCGACACGCUGGCUGCCAUGUGUGUCUGCGACUCACGGUUUCUGGGAGCACCACCGUCGCUUGUUGCUGCAGCAUCACUGAACUGUGCACUGCGAGGUCUGGGCAACAAGGGGCCCUCUCAGCUGGCCCUCAUGAGUGAAGCACUGGCAGAGCUGUGCCAGACUGACCUGGUUGUGCUGCAGUGCUACAGCGAGAUGAUCGAAUAUGCCCUCCGCCAGCGGCUGAGGAGUGGGCUUCAGCAGGGCCCCACGGAGAAGGAUGAGGAGGUGGAGAACGAAAGGCCCGGGACGCCGACUGACAUGAGAGAGAUUGAUUUCUAA